UUAUCAUCUCCUAGUAAAAGAAGAGUUAAUUUUACGUUAAUAGUAUAACCUGGUAAAAGGGAAGAAAAACUUGGCAGACUUAUUUCAGUAGGCCCAGUAUAAAAUCGAUAGUACUGCACACACAUCAAAAACCCUAACUUGUGCAGGAGCGUCACUUUCUCAGAUAAUACGUUGUUUACCUGGGCAGUCAGAUGGUGGAGAGGGCGUGAUGAGAGUAAACACUUGGAGGGUUCGCCUUAUUUCCAUUUUUGUUUUAAUUGGAUUUAUUCAUUCCAAACGGUACAAGUACUGUGGGGAGGGAUGCUGUCCACAUGAAUUCUGUGCAUAUCACAAAAUCUGUUAUCCAGUCAUACACUGCGAUCCCACGUGUCCAGACGGAAGCUGUCAAAAUGGACUAUGCUUUCCUGCAAAACCAUGCAGAAGGAACUUUGAAUGUGGCUUUGCUGAAACCUGUACAUUCAACUACAAUCUUGGAUACGAUACUUGUCAGUACAAUCUGAAUAUUGGAGAUACUCUAUGUUAUGACCGCAACGGACAUGCUGUCUAUAAUCCGAAACCUGACGAAAGUCCAUUCGUACACGACAGCUUUAACAACAAGAGGGAUAACUUAUGACACUAAUCAUCCGAAUGUGCGUGACUGAAAAAUAUAGAAAAAGUUAUUUUUUCAGCAUUUGGGUCAUAAUCGGGGUCAAAAUCAUUUAAACCAUUGGACUAGAAUCAACAUUAUCCAUUAUUCAGCUUGAGUUGAAUUUCCUAUUGGUUCAUUUGAACUUGUUCAAGCAAUAAAAAAAGAGGAUUAUUUGUAAAUGAAUGUCUUUUAUUAACAUUAUUUAUACAAGACAUUCAAAAAAGAAGCCAACCAUUCUGACAGAGAUCUCUUGAGAUAAAUACAUAGUGCUCAUGAGGAUGGCCCACUUCACAGUAAUCUUAAAGUGAGCUAUCAUUAUAAUCACUAUUUACACUGUCAAUGUAUUAUGUACAAAUAUUAUAAUUGUUGAUACAGAUUUAUAACAAUGCCUCUUGUUAAAAUUAUAUGAAUUUCUCUGUUUCAAAACAAAUAAAUAUUUUCUUUUAUA